CUCUACAUACCAUAGAGUGUCAGCAUUGCGCGUCCGCUGCCUGUGGCAUUAAAGCAGUCUUGUCCAACUCAACCGCCGACCUCUGCUCCUCCUUGCCACCAGCGCUUUCGCAUUGCUGUUUAGUUCGCAUUCAUCAGAGUAGUUAGCUUCGAGUACUCAGUGGCCCAUUCGGCUGCGUCGUUUUGAAAAUUUAAGUUCGACGCAAACGGCGCUAAGGAACCUUCUUACGACGUCAUCCCAGAAACGAGCCCCGUCCUAGCUCUUGUGGGUGUGCUGGUCCUGUUGUAAAGGAGCCUCUUCACUUCUUCAACACCGCCCGCGCUAGUAAUGGAGUGCGAGGACUGCGAUGCCUGCUGGAUUUGCCUCGAGGGCAAGGAGGUGGCGGAGACCAAGGCGAACCUACUCCACGCCAACCGUCUCAUCCGCCCCUGCCGCUGCCCUAGAGUGGUUCACAGCGUCUGCCUAGCCAAGUGGCAGCUCAGCCAAAGCGGCAAAAGCGAGGAGAAGUUCUGCCGCUUCUGCCAUGACGAGCUUCCCGACUGGCAACAGCACCUCGCCCUGCCCGGCAUGGCUGCCGUAGAGCCCGUCAUGUCCGUACACUUCAACGGUACGACCCACAUGGUGCGAGUGCGGCCUGGAGAGGAGGGACGCAUGGAGUUCAUCCGGGAUGUACGACAGCUGCUGAGGCUGCGAGACAACCAAGACUUUUCGAUUACGUUUGAGUGCAAGGUUCCAGGGCAUGGCAUGUUUCUCGACCUCAAGGGUCUCUCUUCGUACGACGCCGCCGUCUUUUGCGCCGCCAUGACCGCUGUGGAACGCCAACGUAUCGCCGCACAGAAGGCCGCACGCAAAAAGGCCGCCACCUCCUCCGGCACCUGCUCUUCCUCCUCUCCCGCUGCUGCCAACCCUGCCAACAACAAGGACACCGCUGCAACCACCGCCGCUGAAGGCAUCCUUCCUGCUCCCGUUGCUGCUCCUCCUGCUACGCCCUCUCCCAGCAGCACCGGCCCGUCUCCCUCGCAUCCUCUUGAAGCUCAACCAACUCAGCCCGUCUACCUCCCUCCUGGUCCUCCCGGCUCGGUUUCUUCUCCUUCUUCCCCCACUGCUGCCACGGCAACAGCCGUUAGCGCGCUACGCAUGCGGCCGUCAUCUGCGCUGGCUGCUGGUCGCUUCCUUGGCGGAAGCAGUGGGGGCGCAGCAGCGGCGGCGGUUGGAGGUGAUGGUGGCCGGUCCAGCGCAUCUUCAUCGCUGAUGCUGUCAUCCUCCGUCUCUGACGCCGCUUUGCCGUCACGGCCACAGAGUGCGAAUGGGAGCAGUAGCAGCAGUAGCAACAGUGGCAGCAGCACUUGCAUGCAACAUGCGGAGUUGCCUUCUGUGGUGUCGUCCCCGCCUACUGCUACUGCUGCAACUGCGACCUCCAACACCACUAGCAUUCGCCCCUCCUUCUCCCUCCCAGCGCCCUCCUCGGGUGCUUCUGCAUCCACCAGCCGACCUGUUGUGGCGACCUCCAUCUCCUCUCAUGCCCUCACCUCUGCUGCCUCCCCUUCCUCCUCUUCUUCCACCUUCACUCCAAAACUUCAGCUGCCUCAGCAGCCCCUGGAAGAGGAAUCGUCAGAGGACACGCUCGCGUCGCCCAUAUCCGCCGGCUCCUCCUCCCGCGCAACAACACAACCAGGAG